AUGGAAGACGAUAUCAUAUUAAUAUGGUAUGAUUUGGAUUUUGAUGACUGUGUAACGGAAAUAAAAAAUCAAUCAUCAUGUGAACACAUGAAUUUUUAUUUCACUGCGUUUUCUAAACUUCACUCGUGCAUUAGUUAUAUUGAAUCAAAACCAAAAAAUGAUAUAAUUUUUAUUACAUCACCAAUAAAUGCACGUAAUAUUUUACCAUUUAUUCAUAAAAUGCGACAACUUUAUUCAGUUUUGUUGAUAUCUCAUACUAAUGAAAAAUUUGAAGAUUUACUCAAAGAUUAUUCAAAGAUUAUUUCUUGUGCUCAUGAUACAAAAAUGUUACAUAAAUUAAUUAAAGAAAAUAUUUAUUUAUCUCAAAAGCAAAACGUGACUUUUUCAUUUUAUAAUCAACAUAAAAAAUUAACUCGUGAAAUAUCGAAAGAAUCAGCUGGAUUUCUUUGGUUCCAACUAUUUAAAAAUGCUCUUUUGAAUAUGCCAAGUAAUGAUAUAAAUGCAAAAGAAGAUCUUGUUCAAUAUUUAAAACAACGAUAUCAUAAUAAUAAUAAACAAAUGAAAUUAAUUGAAAAUUUUCAGGAAACAUACCAAUCCGAUGAUGCCAUUCAAUGGUAUACAGGUCAACCUUUUCUUUAUAGACAUGUGAAUAAAGCUUUACGUACAGAAGAUCUUGAUCAAUUAUAUAUUUUUCGUUUUUUUAUUACGGAUUUAUGUAAAAGUUUAUUACAAAAAUUUCAAAUUCUCAAAGAAUUUGAACCAGAAGUUACACUUUAUCGUGGGACUCGUAUUCUUAUAGAUG